ACCCACCCUACUCCGGUUAAUAUCGAUCUUGACAUAUUCGGAUGUAUUGGGGAGAGUGUACUCAACCUAUCCCGGCAGUUAGAAACAGUGCUAAACUACUUCCAAGUUGCCAGAAUCCAUUUUUCCCUUCCACAGAGUAGUACUGAACCAGGGACUGGCCAAUGUUGCUAUGACCAGAACGUGGAAUGCAACCGAAGUCUAAGCCUCAUGGGGUCACUACCUUAUAUGCGUAGUUUUUAUCGUUCUAUUAUUAUUCGCUUUGCUAGGACGGCUGACCGGACAGUCUUGCAGGUCUGCAAUCCCGAUAAUAGAUAAAAGUGCUGAGCCUGCCGCAACCCUCUCGCCUGGUGGUCUUCCCCCACGGUUACUAUUCUUAUUUAUACGACGAUCGCCCGAUAGUUGACCUUAAGUCCAGUGAACAAUAUGCAGUUAACCUCGCUCACCGCGUUGGCAUUAGCCGCGCCAGCAAGCGCGCUAAUUCGAUUCUCAUGCUCUCAGCUUGUGGUUGACCGUAUCGACCCGCUAGUGAAUCCGGGCAUGGCGCCCUCGCCGCAUCUACACCAGAUCAUCGGCGGAAAUUCGCUUAAUGUGACUAUGGAUCCUACUAAAGACAUGCCUGGCGAGUCUACUUGCACAAGCUGCCAAUUCACCGAAGAUACUUCAAAUUACUGGACCGCUGUUCUCUUCUUCAGGGCCCGUAACGGCACCUUUAAACGUGUACCGAUCCGACCUAAUGUCGGGUUCGACGGCGCCGAGGGCGGUAUGACCGUUUACUACAUGCAAAACGGCUUGGCAGACUACCAGCAGCGGUCCAAGGUCACAGCUUUCAAGCCUGGAUUCCGUAUGCUUAUCGGCGAUGCGAUGGCUCGAACUGCCGAAGACGCCAACAAAUACAAGCAGGUUACCUACACCUGUCUGCAAGAUAUGAACACUCGUUUCCCCGAGACCAAGAACCUCCCCAAUAAGCCAUGCCCGGCAGGCAUCAUGGCAAACAUUCGCUUUCCAACUUGCUGGGAUGGAAAGAACCUUGACACGGUAGACCACAUGAGCCACAUGGCAUACCCAGCCAGCGGUACUUUCGACUCGCAAGGGCCCUGCCCGGAAAGCCACCCCGUACCUGUUCCCCAGCUCAUGUAUGAAACUAUCUGGGAUACUCGCCAAUUUAACGACCCUAAUGAAUGGCCCGAGGACGGAUCCCAGCCCUUUGUCUGGAGCAUGGGUGACCACACUGGAUAUGGUAGUCACGGUGACUAUCUCUUCGGCUGGAAAGGGGAUGCUCUCCAAAGGACUAUGGACACACCCUGUUAUGUCACUUGCCCUACAUUAACCACGCAGUCAAUUGCCAACCAGAACAAGUGCAAGAUUGACCGGACUGUUAAAGAGGACAUUGAUUCUUGGCUAUCCGAAAUCCCUGGAAGUCCUGAGAUAUCGAAGAAACACUAGAAGCGAGCGUGUGUGUUUGUUAGUUUGAGGCGAAGUCAAGGCUAAGCGGAAAGUGUUCCUUGCAAUGGACAGGCCAUGAAUCCGCCUAGGAUAAUUUCAGCUUUCGAUACCGCCAUGUUCAACUUGACAAAUUCUUGUUCCGCUGUUACGUACUCGUGUCUGUGCAAGUGAUGAAUGAGCAAUUAGUCCCGGGCAAUCGAAAUCGAGAGAUUUAUAAUAUGGAGUCUUUAACUCGCUAGAAAUAAUAGCCCAUUCGAUUAUAUGUAUUCCUG